ACUGCACAGCAGAAGGGGAACAAGGUGUACCAUACAAAGCUGCCAGUCACUUCUGUAUCUUUUCUUAUAUCUGUUUCAAAUCAAUUUUUAUACAGGUCCCUAAGAAAGACCUUGGGAACUGCCAGCCAGGCAGCCUGGCAUCCAGCUCUGUCGAGUGAAUUGGUAGAAACAAUUCUGAAUGGCUGAGCUAAGGGCCGUAGGACCUUCUAUUUCUCUUUUGUAUAAGAUUCAUACCCUACCAACAGAUUGGAUUUCUUUGAAGGUUUUCACAGGUGUGUGAACAGAGGAGAUAUCAUCUAUAAGAGGUUUUCUUACAAAAGGCUUCAAAAGAAACUGACCAGGACGGGAUGUCCCUGCAUGGCUAAAUAAUUGAUCAAAAGCGGGGAGGGAGCAGGGAGGGGUAAGCGUUGGGUUGUUACAGCAAAGGGACACCUCUGGGGACCUGUUAAUUGGAUGUGUGCUCUUCAGCAUAUUCAUAACUGAACUGGAAAAGGAGUGAGUGGUGAGGGGGUGCUGAGUGACCGGGCUGGUAGAGACAAAGCCUGAGUGUGAAGAACCGCAGAAGUAUCCUACAGAGCUCUGUGACUGGGUGGAAGCAUUAAAAGACACAAUUUUAGGGUAGAUUAAUAUAAAACAAAGAAAGAAAUGCAUCCGACUCCACAUGUAAAAUAGAGCUGUCCAUAGUGGCUCAGGAGUAGGACUUAGAAGUUACAAUAAAAAGCUUCAGGCAAAUAUCUGAUAGAGUCUUAGAAUCACCGAGACUGGAAAAGACCUCUAGGAUCGUCCAGUCCAACCAUCCACCUACCACCAAUAUUUCCUUACUAAACCAUGUCCCUCAGUACAUCUAAAUGAUUCUUGAACACCUCCAGGGACAGUGACUCCACCACCUGCCUGGGCAGCCUGUGCCGUUGCCUGACCACUCUUAUGGAGAGGAAAUUUUUCCUAAUGUCCAACUUGAACCUCUUCUGGCACAGCUUGAGGCCGUUCCCUUUAGUCCUAUCUUCUCAGCGAUGAGUAGCAGCUGGGGAAGCAAAUGUGUACAGAACACAGAAAAACAGAACAGAAAACUAAAGUGAACAUAACCAUGCAGAAACAUGUAUAUAAGUGAUGGCCCCAUCACGUAUAUGAAUACUGUGUGCAGUUUUGAUUUCUCUUCGCUCCCUUCCCCACCUAUACCUACUAUAAUCUCCCCAAGGUUAUAGUAGAAGGGAAGAAAACGUGAUGACAAAUAAGGCUAAGUUAAGGAUUGACUGCUGAGUAGGCAAACCAAGACCUUCAGUCUGCUAAAGAGGCAGAUAAAGAGAGUUUGGCAGCCAGCCCUGCCUUCAUCAGCAGCCUGACUGCACUGCCAUGCUGGGCCAUGCUGUAAACCACAGCCAACGGAUCAAGCAGAUUGUGUUGGUUGCUUACAACACUCCAGAUAUGGCAAUUGGUCUCCCAUCUUCUCUGGGGUGUUCAGCACUUCAUAGUGCAUAUUCAGCCCCAUUUCCAUCAUUCCACCUCUCUGCUCUUCAUCGUUUCUUCAUCUGCAAGAUGACAUUCCUUUGGCUUCAUUCUCAUCUCAGCCUUCUCCAGCUGUACCCACUUAAAGAGGAGAGACAGAAAUGCUUAGGGUUUUUUUCAGCUCAAGAAGUGACCAUUUACUCCUGCCAUCUGGCUAUUAAUGUAUCGUUUACCCAUGCAAAGGCCUCCUCUCCUCUCCUGUAACAGCUCAGUUUCUAUGAGAAUCUCUGGUGGGAGAGUGGUUAUGGCUGCUGUGGGAAAUCCAGGCAUUCUGAAUCACUCAGAACUUCCUCAUGACAUUUGACUUCUCCUGCAGUGAACUUCAACAGAUUAUGAGCAUUUUCUUUACAAAAGCCAUGCUGAUACCUGUAGCAUUUGCUUAUCUGUGUCAACGAAUUCUAAUUUUUAACAUUAUCUUUACCCAUUUAAUCACUAUCAAUACUAGAUCUGUUAAACCUCGGAUUCAUGCCCCCAUAUCUCCCUCAGGACACUGCAAAAGCAACCUUUCUCUUCUCUAAUAGAGAAGAGGUCCCACUCCCCCGUGUAAAUUGUAAAGCACAUACUGUACCUCCAGUGCUUCAGGCUGAGAGACAUCUGGUCCUGGCAUUUUGCUGCAGCUCAGGUUCAUUCUGAUCCAAGCUUCUACAGACUCCUGCACUUAAGAACACUUCUGCUGACAAAUCUUAACCCACCAAAGCUUCCGAGCACCUUUACUGAGAACAUAUCUAUGCAAAAGAAUAGAAAUCUGGGGGAAAAAAAGGAAAUUGUUAUUGCCUGUUCUUGUCCAAUUUCUCCUUUUGUACCUUGUUACUGUACCUCAUUGGCUGUAUCACGCUCUGGCAGACUCCCACAUUGGGAUAUUUAUGAAAAAUGCUUUUUAAUUCAUUUUUAUCCUUGCACAGCUUGCUCUUUUUAUUGUAUUUUCCACAUAUAAACUUCAGAGGUUGGGCUUUUCCAUUUCUCUCGCUCUUUGAAGGCAAUUUUAACCACAUUACUUCUGGCAGCCUCAUUCUAGCAGUUCGAUCCUGCCAGCUUCUCUCUGGUUCCUUUAGCAGGUGGUGUGCAUUUGCUGUGAGAUCUAGUAAUGGGUCCAUAAAUAGCAGCCUUGUGCUCUGCAGGGAAUUUUAUGUUUUGAUAUGCUCCUUACUGUAUUUUUGAACCGUAUCUUAAUUGUAUCUUCUUUCCUUAGCACUUACACUUUCAGAAGUAGGAUCCAGCACUGGUGGGUUUCUGGAUGCUUGCUGCACUGACCCAGGACUCUGUACCAAGGGCCGAGUCAUACAACUUCCAAAAUCCUUGAGGAGCAACCUCAGCAUGCAUGUUCAAGCUGACAUCACUGCUUAUCAUGGUGGCAUUGAAUGGGGAGCCCAGAAUAUCAUUUUUUUUUUAAUCACUGCUGCUCUUUCCAUUGGAGAGAGUCAUGCCCAGAGCUCAUGGGGCUUCCUGACCAUUUUUAUGGGAUCACACCGCUGCAGUGCUGGCAAUAUCCAGCAAGUCCCUCCACUCUGGGGUUCGGCCGGAAAUCUAUCCUCAUGCUGUCACUUGUGUGCUCAGUCAUAUUUGGGAUGCUGAGUGCCUGCUCCGUCUCCUACACCAUGCUGGCUGUCACAAGAACCCUCACCGGGGUGGCCCUGAGCGGUGUGUCCCUGAUCAUCUUGCCUCUGGGGAUGGAGUGGGUGGACAUAGAGCACCGCACCUUCUCUGGGGUCCUGACCAGCAUCUUCUGGAGCGUAGGGAACAUGCUGCUGGCCUUGACAGCAUACCUGGUGAGGGAAUGGCACUGGCUCUUGGUUGCCGUGACGGGACCUUGUCUUCUGAGCAUCGUCUGCCUGUGGUGGGUCCCAGAGUCUGCCCGGUGGCUCAUAGCCAACGGCAAAGUGAAACAAGCUCACAAGCAUCUGCUUAGAUGUGCAAGAAUGAAUGGAAGGAAAGACUUCACUAUCUCACCAGAGGCUCUUAGAGGAAUGACUACAGAGAAAAAUCCAGGAGAGAGUUUCUCCUACAUCAGCUUGUUCAGGACACCAGUCCUGCGGAAGAUUUCUCUCUGUUCCGGGACAGUGUGGUUUGGUGUUGCCUUCUCUUAUUACGGCAUGAGUAUGAGCCUAACUGGCUUUGGGCUCAACAUGUAUUUCUCCCAGUUUGUCUUUGGCAUCAUUGAGAUUCCAGCCAAGAUACUCAUGUACGUGCUGGUGAAUCGAAUUGGACGGCGGCACAGCCAGGCGUGGUCACUCAUCCUGACCGGACUGUGCAUAGGAGCCAAUAUCAUCAUCCCUACACCUUUCACUUCCCUACGCUCUGUGAUAGCUGUUAUGGCCAAAGGUUCCUCAGAAGCUGCGUUCACCACUGUCUACUUGUACACCUCUGAGCUCUACCCCACCGUCCUGAGGCAGAAUGGGAUGGGAUACACCUCCUUCAUGGCUCGCCUCGGUGGGUCUUUGGCCCCACUUGUGUUCCUGCUGGAUGAUGUGUGGAGGUCUCUGCCUCAGGUGACGUACUGUGGCGUAGCAGUGUUCUGUGGCUCAGUGGCCUUCUUGCUCCCAGAGACACUCAAUGCGCACCUGCCUGAGGGCAUUGAGGACAUUGAGAAGACACAAUUCUUUCCUUCCAGAGUGAAAGGACCGCUACAAACCAGUGCUCCUGAGGGCAUGCAAUUACAGUCUCUUCUGAAGUGAAGGACUCCAAGGAGCAGCCAUAGGCACUGUGAAGGAUUGCAAAACGGAGCCGUAAUCUGGCCUGCCGAUGGAUGAGCCUUCAUUCUCCUCCUGGUCUCUCUCUGCAGGGAAGUGGGGCUGAUAUGAGGAAAGAGGUGGAUCAUAAAACCAGCUGGAGGGAGCCAACCCUGCUCUGUAAUGUGAUCAGGACCAAGAGUGCUCAGGUCUAACAGGGUCUGGAAAUAAAAGGACUCUAAGUUUGGCACUUCCAGUCUUGCUGGACCAGCAGCACCUUUUAGAUCACUGCACAGCCUUCCAGAAACUGUAGCCCAUCGGUUGACAAACCACAAGAAAUGUAAAAGAGCAAUAAAAACCACUGAGCGUGAAUUGUACAAAA